AUGUCAUACGGUGGUGGUUAUUCUCGCGGCGGCGGUGAUUCCUACCGCUCCCGUGGAGGUGACGGCGGCUACUCUAAUGGUGGCGGCGGUGGUUACUCUGGCGGCGGCGGCUACGGCGGCGGUGGUGGUUACGGCGGUGGUGGUUACGGCGGUGGCCGUGGUGGUGGUGGUUAUGGCGGCGGCGGUGGUGGUUACGGCGGCGGUGGUGCCGGUGCCGGUGGUGACCGCAUGUCCGGCCUCGGCGCUGGCUUGAAGACUCAGGAUUGGGAUCCUAGCUCUAUGCCCAAGUUCGAGAAGUCGUUCUACAAGGAGCACCCCGAUGUCACAGCACGCUCCGAGGAGGAAAUCCAGGCUUUCCGCAAGGAGAAGGAGAUGUCCAUUCAGGGUAACAACGUCCCUCGUCCCGUCCAGAACUUCGACGAGGCUGGUUUCCCCGCGUACGUGCUGUCUGAGGUCAAGGCCCAGGGCUUCAGUGCUCCUACCGCUAUCCAGGCUCAGGGCUGGCCUAUGGCUCUGUCCGGUCGCGAUGUCGUCGGUAUCGCCGAGACUGGUUCUGGAAAGACCCUGAGUUACUGUCUUCCCGCUAUUGUUCACAUCAACGCCCAGCCUCUCCUCGCUCCUGGCGAUGGUCCCAUUGUUCUGGUUCUGGCCCCUACUCGUGAGUUGGCUGUCCAGAUUCAGGCCGAGAUCACCAAGUUCGGAAAGUCUUCCCGCAUUCGCAACACAUGUGUCUACGGUGGUGUCCCCAAGGGUCCCCAGAUCCGUGACCUGUCUCGCGGCGUUGAGGUCUGCAUUGCUACUCCCGGUCGUCUGAUCGAUAUGCUCGAGGCUGGUCGUACCAACCUGCGUCGUGUCACAUACCUCGUUCUUGACGAGGCUGAUCGCAUGCUUGACAUGGGUUUCGAGCCCCAAAUUCGCAAGAUCAUUGGCCAGAUUCGCCCUGAUCGUCAGACGUGCAUGUGGUCCGCUACCUGGCCCAAGGAAGUCCGCCAGCUCGCUUCUGACUUCCUGAACGACUACAUCCAAGUUAACGUUGGCUCCACCGACCUUUCCGCCAACCACCGCAUCACGCAGAUCGUUGAAGUCGUCUCCGACUUUGAGAAGCGUGAUAAGAUGAUCAAGCAUCUCGAGAAGAUCAUGGAGGACCGCUCCAACAAGUGCAUCAUCUUCACUGGCACCAAGCGUGUCGCAGAUGAAAUCACCCGAUUCCUUCGCCAGGACGGAUGGCCUGCGCUUUCCAUCCACGGCGACAAGCAGCAAAAUGAGCGUGACUGGGUCUUGAACGAGUUCAAGCAGGGCAAGAGCCCCAUCAUGGUGGCCACUGAUGUGGCUUCCCGUGGUAUCGAUGUCCGAGACAUUACCCAUGUUCUCAACUAUGAUUACCCCAACAACUCGGAGGACUAUGUCCACCGUAUUGGUCGUACCGCUCGUGCCGGUGCUAAGGGUACUGCCAUUACCUUCUUCACCACUGACAACUCUAAGCAGGCUCGUGAUUUGAUUACUAUCCUCACUGAGGCUAAGCAGCAGGUUGACCCCCGUCUUGCCGAGAUGGUCCGCUACGGCGGCGGCGGCGGCGGUGGUGGCCGCUGGGGUGGCCGUGGUGGCGGCCGUGGCCGCGGUGGCUGGGGCGGUCGCGGCGGCGGCGGUGGUUUCACUGCCUCCAACGCUGCUCCCGUCGGCGGCAACCGUCGCUGGUAG